UCUGUCUCUAAUGCCAUGCUGGGCCAGAGAGGCUCCAGGAGACAUGCAUUUACCCAUAUCCGGGUUAGAGAGGAAGGGAGAAAAAGUUUCAUUUAAACCUGGACAAAAUCUGUAAACGUGAAAUCGGACAACUAAAGCAGCAGCUGCUAGAGGACAUUUUUUCCAACUCCGACCAGAACAUAACGUUUUCUUUAUUUUUUGUCAUUCUAAACAGAGCUCUUCUGCCUUCGUCCUUUCUUUCUUUCAGAUUUUUUUUUCUUCUUCAGUGAGCUAGCUAGUUAGCUAGCCUGCCCGGAUUCUUGUCUGAAAUGUUGACGUGAUCAUGGCCGCGCAAGUGGCACCAGCUCCAGCAACAACGAAAAACAAAAAAUCGAAUUUAUCAAGCAGUCUGAAUCAAGAUUUAAACUCCGUGAAAUCUGGAGGAACUGUACAUGGAUCCGGGGCAAUGCUUGGGGCUGGAGAUGGGACUGGCGUUAACGCUAUGAAUAAUGUAGAUCGCCAUCACCAGAUGAACAUGGCUAACAUUGCUCGUGCUUCUGCUAGCAAUAAUUCGGAUACGCGUGAAAAGGUAGAGGGAAGUAAGUCUACAUCUUUAUCCUCCUCAAAUGCGAGUAUGUCUUCUAGCAUGGAGACGGGUUUGAUAUCAAAUCAUAAACUGAAAAAUGCUGGCGGCGGAGAUCCCCCUCCUUCGUCUCACCAUCAUCACACGGCGCCACAGCAGCAACAGCAACCAUUCAAUCAAUUUCAACAGCAUCAUCAACGUCAAAUUCAAAAUAACAUCAACAACACACAACAAUCAGCACAAGGAGAGACUGGGAAUCGGCAGCAUGGAGGGAAAGAGAAUAUUCUGGGGAACCAAUUCGAACGCCAUCAGCCAUUGCUAAAUAAAAGUGAGGAGGAGGAGGACCACCUUUGCAAAUCGGGGGACCGGAUGGGUAGCAGGUACGACCCCGCCAGCGUGGGACCAACGAACAACAACAUCAACAACCAGCCCCUUGGCGCAGGGGGAAACGGCACUAUUUCUGAGUUUAAUAAUUAUUACGGUAAUGCUAGAGGAGGGCCUUGCUUUGAUCAACAUGGCGGACAACAAAGCCCUGGAAUGGGAAUAAUGCAUUCUUCGGGACCUAACAAUAUGGAUCCAGUACAAAACUCAAAUGAAGGGUACCACAAUAGUCAGUAUAACCUCUACCCGAACUACCGACCCGGGUACAGUGGCGCGGGAUACGGUAUGAUGAGUCCCUCGAGGCAGGGGAAUAGCACGUUGACGGGCCCAGGCAGCAGCAAUACUGCUGCUAGCCAUGGAAAAUCUGCUAUGGCUGCUGCUUCAGCUUCUGGUAGUGGUAAUGUUGGGGGGUUCCAGAGAUUUCCUGGGCAAAGUCAGCAGCACCCUUCAGGGGCUACCCCGACUUUAAACCAGUUACUGACGUCUCCGAGUCCUAUGAUGCGAGGUUAUGGCACUGGCUACCAAGAUUACAAUAAUCCAUCAGCUCAACAACAACAAGCAAGCAUGGGGCUAGUCAAAGAAAUGAGCUCCCAAUAUGGAUCUGCGGCUCAUGGCUGGGGAGGACAACAAAGAAGUCACCCGGCGAUGAGUCCUGGAAACAACGGACAAGGUAUCAGCAGACCUCAGAUUGCCUCCAUGGACGCCAUGGCGAUGAAGCGCUCUCAGAUGUACGGGAUGAGCAACAGCCCCUACUCCCAGCAGCAGCAGGGCGGGGCUUACCCUGGCCAACCAUACGGCUCUCCCGCCACGCACCGCUAUCCAAUGGGCAUGCAGGGGAGGGGUCAGGUGGGAAUGGGUGCAAUGCAGUACCCUCAGCAGCAGAUGCCUGCCCAGUACGGCCAGCAGGGCAUGGGUGCGUACGGCCAGCAGGGCCAGCCUCCGUACUUCAGCCAGCCCCAGCAGCAGCCGGCCGCGCCCACCCAGCCCCCGUACAUGCAGCCUCGAGCCCCGCCCCAGCAGGAGGUUCCUCAGGAAAGCUACGGGAACAGGAGCCAGCCGGCCAUGACCCCCGGGAAGCCCAACCACGAGGAGAUGGGCCUGGUCCAGCAGGAGAGACCAUCCAGCCUUCCUGACCUGUCGGGCUCCAUCGACGACCUGCCGACGGGGACGGAGGCGGGGCUGGGCUCGGCGGUCAGCGCCUCGGGCUCCACCAGCAGCCAGGGCGAGCAGAGCAACCCGGCGCAGUCGCCCUUCUCGCCCCACGCCUCGCCCCACCUCUCCGGCAUGCGCGGCGGGCCCUCGCCCUCGCCCGUGGGCUCCCCCGUCGGCUCCAACCACUCCCGCUCCGGCCCCAUCUCGCCCGCCAGCGUCCCAGGGACGCACAUGGCCCCUCAGACCCCGGGGAACGUGUCCGACGUGGGGUCCCACUCCACGCUGAGCCAGUCCCCCAUGUCCCAGGAGAGAGGGUUCGUACCCAGCAUGCAGCGGACCGCGACCGCGACCGCCCCCCAGCUCGGCCCGCAGCAGCCCGGCCCCUCCAUGUCGCCCCACCCCUCCCCGGGGGGGCAAAUGCACCACGGGGUCGGCCCCUACCCGCAAGGAGGGUCCAGUGGCUCCACCUAUGGUCCCCAGGCCGGUCAAUCUGGUCCCCAGGGCGGACAGCCUGGUCCCCAGGGUGGACAGUACGGUCCCCAGGGUGGUCAGUACGGUCCCCAGGGAGGACAGUACGGUCCCCAGGGUGGUCAGUACGGUCCCCAGGGGGGUCAGUCUGGACCCCAGGGCGGUCAGUACGGUCCCCAGGGUGGACAGUACGGUCCCCAGGGGGGUCAGUCUGGUCCCCAGGGUGGUCAGUACGGUCCCCAGGGUGGACAGUACGGUCCUCAGGGCGGUCAAUAUGGACCCCAAGGUAACUACCCCCGGCCACCAAACUACGGAGGGGCUCCGGGCGCCACCUACAGCGGUCCAGGGCCGGGCAUGGGCAACAGCCUGGGCAUGAACGCAAGCAGCCCCAUGCACGGCCAGGGCCCCGGGCAGCCCGGAGGGCCCGCCCCGGCCGGGCGCGGCCCCGGGACAGGCGCUGGCGGCCGCCCGUACUCGGGCAGCGGGAGCACCAUGGCCCCCAGCUCUCCCGGCAUGCCCCAGCCCGCCGGCCCGGGGAUGGGGCCCCCUCCGCCCAACACCACCCGCAAGGCGCAGGAGCCGGGGAUGGGAGCGAUGCAGGCCGCAGCCGGCUCCAUGCAGGGCAGGCCACUGUAUGCACGAUCCCCUGUCUACCCCAGCCAGGCUGGGUCAGGGACACGGCCCUUACCCACACCCCUUCCCCAAACUCAGCCUCAACAACUGAACUACAGCAACGCUCAGGCACCUCCCAUGAUGCACCAGCCUGAGCUGUACGGGCAGAGCGGCUACCCCAACGUGAACCAGAUGAGCGGGAUGGGGUCCAGCGCCCCCUACAGUCAGCCCACGGGGAACAGCUCUGGGAGGAUGACGCCCCAAGGCCCGCCCUACAACGCCCCGCCCUCAGGGCCCAUGGGGAUGGCUGCUGACCCAAAGCAGAAGCCAGACAACAGCAAGGAGGAGGGGAGCGUUCCGACCCCAGAGCCUCCGAAGGCCAAGGAUAGCUUCAGCUCUCAGUGUGUUUCCCAGCCCCCCACCCCCUGCCCCCUCUCCCCCAGUCCUGCUAGUCUCUCCUCGUAUCAUGGAGAUGAAAGCGAUAGCAUUAGCAGCCCCGCCUGGCCAAAGACUCCGUCCAGCCCUAAGCACAGCUCCUCCACCAUGACGAAUGAGAAGAUCACAAGGCUGUACGACAUGGGCGGGGAGCCCGAGAGGAGGAUCUGGGUGGACCGCUACCUGUCUUUCAUGGAGGAGCGCGGCACGCCCGUCCCCAACCUGCCGGCCGUGGGGAAGAAGCCUCUGGACCUCUGCAGGCUCUACAUGUGCGUCAAGGAGAUCGGUGGCCUGGCCAUGGUGAACAAGAACAAGAAGUGGAGGGAGCUGUCCACUCACCUGAACGUGGGCACGUCCAGCAGCUCGGCCAGCUCGCUCAAGAAGCAGUACAUCCAGUACCUGUUCGCCUUCGAGUGCAAGGUGGAGCGCGGCGAGGAGCCCCCGCCCGAGGUCUUCGCCACGGCAGACAGCAAGAAGCAGCAGCAGCAGCAGCAGCAGGCCAAGGUCCAGCCGCCAUCUCCUGCUAAUUCGGGGUCCCUCCAGGGUCCCCAGACCCCCCAGUCCACGGGCAGCAGCUCGAUGACGGAGAUGCCCGGCGACCUGAAGCCCCCCACCCCGGCCUCCACCCCCCUCAGCCAGGGGACCCCAAUGCAAGGCAGCCGGAGCAGCUCUAUCAGUGUACAGGACCCCUUCUCAGAGGUCAGUGACCCUGCCUUCCAGAAGCGCAGCUCCCUCACCCCCGGCGCCCCCUACCAGCAGGGAGGGAACACGCCAGAGGCCCUGAUGAGGAUGCAGUACGAGGCCAGCGCCAGGAAGGCAGGUGCAGGCGAGCCCUUCAUGCCGGGGCACAUGCCCAGCGGAGGAAUGCAGGACGUGUACGGCAGGGGCCCCCCCUCGGGCCCCAUGUCUGUCCUGGCGAUGGGACAGCGCCCGCAGUACCCCUACGGUCCUGGGUACGACAGGAGACCAGACCAUGUGAUGGGGCCAGAGGGAGGCAUGGCUCCCCCCGGCGGUCAGAACAACAUGGUACCGGCCAGCAGCGACCCAAGCAUGUACUCCCCUAACAGAUACCCCUCCCAGCAGAGACACGAGGGCUACGGACAGCAGUACCCGCACAGCAUGCCGUAUGGGGCCCACCAGCCCGGGAUGUUCCCUCAGCAACAGGGCUACAAGCGGCCCAUGGACGGGAUGUACGGCCCCCCGGCCAAGCGGCACGAGGGCGAGGUCUACAACAUGCAGUACGCCGGGCAGCAGCCGGACAUGUACGGCCAGUACGGCGGCGGCUACCUGGGCCACGAGCGGCGGCCCAUGCAGGGCUCCUUCCCCUACGGCUACGGGCGCGAGCGCAUGCCGGGGGCGGGCCAGACCCCCCCGCAGCACGGCAUGCCCCCGCUGCAGCCGCCCCCGCCCUCCUCCGGCUCCGGCGAGGGGCCCCAGCCCAACAUGUGGCCCGGCAGGACAGACAUGCCCUACCCUUACCCCAACAGGCAGGGCCAGGGGCCCCCCUACCCCGCCAUGGGCCGGGGAGACGAGAUGGAGGGCCGCCCCCCCGCCCAGGACGGCCCCUGGCCCCGCCACCCGGGCCAGCGCCAGUCCCCCUUCCUGCCCUCCUCCUCCUCCUCUUCCUCCUCCAGCCCCAUGCCCACCAUGACCACCCGGCCACCGCCCUCGUCCUACCAGACGCCCCCGGCCAUACCCAACCACACCUCCCGCGCCUCCAGCCCCGCCUCCUUCCAGAGGUCCAUGGAGGCCCACAUGUCCCCCAACAAGGCCCACUUCAUGGCCUCCAUGAAGAUGGGCAAGGGCGGGAUGCCCAUGCCCGGCCCCCAGGUGGGGGGCCCCCUCGGCCCGGCCCCACAGGCCGGCCAGCGCGAGGUCUGCUUCCCCCCCGGCUGCGUGGAGGCCACCCAGCCCCUGCUCAAGUCCCGCCGCAAGCUCACCUCCAAGGACACCGGAACCCCAGAGGCUUGGCGUGUGAUGAUGUCACUCAAGUCCGGCCUGCUUGCGGAGAGCACCUGGGCGCUGGACACCAUCAACAUCCUGCUGUUUGACGACAACACCGUGAGCUCCUUCACCCUCUCCCAGUUGCCUGGAUUCCUGGAGCUGAUUGUGGAAUACUUCAGGAGGUGCCUGAUUGAGAUUUUCGGAAUCCUGGAGGAGUACGAGGUGGGCACCAUCGGCCAGAAGACCCUGCUGGGACCCGCCUACUGUCCCGAGGAGGAGGAGGAAGAGGAGGAGCCCGCCAGCCCGGAAGAGGACUGCGAAUCGGAGCCGGAGGCGGCGACGGAGGAGGCGAAGCCGGAGGCGGGGCCGGAGGAGGCCCCUCCCAAAGCCGAGGAGGCGGAGCCAGAGGCCAGGAAGGAGGAGCGUCCGCUCGAGGCACCCGUAAAGGAGGAGGAGGUGGAGGAGGAGGUGGAGAAGGAGGGCGAGCAGCGCGCGGAGAGCCCGGAGACCCCCGCGGAGCAGCCGGCGAAAGCCCAGGAGCCGAGGCCCAAGCAGGCCAGCAAGUACGACCGGCUGCCCCUGAAGGUGCAGGAGGAGGAGGAGGAGGAGGAGGAGGGUGGGGGCGGGGCGCGGGGGAACCCCGCCGAGGACGACUCGGACCGGCUGGGCCUCGUGCAGGAGUUCACCAGCGGCCUGCUGCACUGGCAGGCCGGGGGCGGAGACUCCACCGCCCACAUCCAGACCCACUUCGAGAGGAGGAGCCAGGCGCCCGCCACCGCCGCCAGGGGGGCACCGGGAGAGCAGGAGGGCACCAAGCCAGGAGGAGACGAUGAGGAGAAGGAGGGUGGCGGGGAGGGGAGGCAGGCGGAGGGCGGCAUCACGGCCACCAUGGACGACGUGCUGUGCGCCCGCCCGCCGGCCCUGUCGGAGGAGGAGGAGGAGGAGGGGGAGGGGGAGGAGGAGGAGGAGGGGGGGGCCCCGGGGCCCGGGCGCGGGCGGGCCUUCCCCUUCCGCAGCCGCCUGGAGGAGAGCCGGCGCCGCGUCACCCUCCUGGAGGACGAGCCGCGCUCCUGGGACGAGGCGCCGCUCUCCACGGCCGCCGCCUGGCAGGACGCGCUGGCCAAGCGCUGCGUCUGCGUCUCCAACGUGGUGCGCGGCCUCUCCUUCGUGCCCGGCAACGACGCCGAGAUGUCCCGCCACCCGGGCCUGGUGCUCAUCCUGGGCAAGCUGGUCCUGCUGCACCACGAGCACCCGGAGAGGAAGAGGGCGCCGCAGACCUACCAGCGGGAGGAGGAGCGCGAGAGGGGCGUGGCCUGCAGCAAGGACGAGUGGUGGUGGGACUGCCUGUCCACGCUGCGCGAGAACACCAUGGUGACCCUGGCCAACAUGUCCGGCCAGCUGGACCUGUCGCUCUACCCGGAGAGCAUCUGCCUGCCCAUCCUGGACGGCCUGCUGCACUGGAUGGUGUGCCCCUCGGCCGAGUCUCAGGACCCCUUCCCGGGGGCGGGGCCCAACUCCGCCCUCACCCCGCAGAGGCUGGUGCUGGAGUGCCUGUGCAAGCUGAGCGUCCUGGACAACAACGUGGACCUCCUGCUGGCCACGCCCCCCUUCACCCGCCAGGAGCGGCUCUACGCGGCGCUGGUGCGCCACGUGGGCGACCGGCGGAGCCAGGUGUGCCGGGAGAUGGCGGUGGCGGUGCUCUCCAACAUGGCGCUGGGCGACGGCCCCGCGGCGCGCGCCAUCGCGCUGCAGAAGGGCAGCAUCGGCAACCUGAUCGGCUUCCUGGAGGACAGCGUGGCCAUGUCGGUGGCCCAGUACCAGCAGGGCCAGCACCACGGCCUGCUCCACCCGGGCCACCACGGCGAGCCGCCCAGCGUCAACAUGAUGUGCCGGGCCGCCAAGGCGCUCCUGGCCAUGGCCCGCGUGGAGGAGAACCGGCCCGAGUUCGUCCUCUACGAGGGCCGGCUGCUGGACAUCGCCAUCUCCUCCGUCCUGAACUCGGCCGUGGCCGCCGUCAUGUGCGAGGUGCUCUUCAAGCUGGGCCGCUCGUGACAGGCGCUGCGGAGGAGGACCAGGGCUGGGGGGGAGGGGGAGGGGG